AUGUUGGAAGAGAAUGGGACACCUCUAGCCGUCGCAUACCUGGGUCCUGAAGCCUCGUUUUCCCAUCAAGCGGCCAUUGGAGUAUUUGGACCUACCACAUCUACAUCUACACCAUCGUCCUCUUCUGCCUCUGCCUUUGCCUCUACCGGUUCGAAAACGCCCGUCUCGCUCCACCCUCUACCUUCGUUCUCGGCCAUCUUCUCCGCCAUCCAGAACUCCUCCUCCUCCUCGUCCGGUUCCGCAGCGACCAGCGAAAAGAAAGAGCAAGAACAACCCGAAUAUGACUUUGACUUUGCAGUCAUUCCGAUUGAAAACAGCACCAAUGGCUCGGUAGUACAAGUGCUGGACUUACUUGCCCAGUGUGGGCACGAGACCGAGCCCGAGCCCGAGUCGGAGUCAACUGCUCUCCCCUCACCUUCUUCUGCUCCUGCUGCUGCCACGACAGCCAGGCCGGCAUUAUAUCCUGACGUCGAAGUCUGCGCAGAGUAUUAUCUCCCAGUCCACCACUGUUUGUUCGUGGCCCCGUCUUCUGUGGCGGAACACAAUGGUUACAAUACCAACAGCAACAGCAGCAAAACAGACAUCAAAAAUUCAAUUCGAACACUCUACACCCACCCGCAAGUCUGGGGCCAAUGCGGACGAUAUCUGGGCACGCAUUUCCCGCCAGCCGGGGUCGAACGUAUCGACGUGGGUAGCACAUCGGCCGCGGCGCAACUUGUGGCGCGCGAGGGAGCAGCAACCAAGAAGUCUCAGUCUACGUCCUCUCCUACAUCCCACUCCCAUUCCAACUCGAUUGAUCCUGCUCCGGGAAUCAGCGCCGCCAUAGCGUCCAAACUGGCAGGCGAGAAACAUAAUCUCAUCUGUCUUGCAGAGAACAUUGAGGACGAACCGGGCUCGAACACGACGAGGUUCUUUGUGGUGCGGAAUCGAAAUCGACAUCGAAAUCGCACCUCACAGCGGCAGCAGCAACUCCCAGAACAGUCGCAUACACAUACACGGCAACACUACUAUAAAUCACUCAUCACCUUCACCAUUGACCACACCCGGCCAGGCAGUCUGGCGGACGCAUUGGCCGUGUUCAAGCAAUACUCGUUCAAUCUGACCAGCAUUGACACGCGGCCUAGUCGGAAACGGAACUGGCAGUAUGUCUUCUUCGUCGAAUGCGAGACGACGCACCCGGAGCCGGCGCCGGCCCCGGCCCCGGGGCACAAAGACCAGAACUUGACCAACAUGCUGCGAGAUCUGCGCAAAUUCACAGAGAGCCUACGGUACCUCGGCAGAUUUGAGGACCAGUUACGAAGCCAAUAA